UCAAGUAACUAAAAAGAAAAUAAUAAAUAAGGCCUUCACUGCUCCUUUUACUCUGCUUCAUUUCAUUCCCGAUUGCAAGGUCCUGCAAAUUUUCCCAAGAAAAUGGCUUUGGAGAUCUGUGUCAAGGCAGCUGUCGGUGCUCCUGAUGUUAUAGGAGACUGCCCAUUUUCCCAAAGGGCUCUCUUGACUUUGGAAGAGAAGAAACUUUCCUACAAGUUGCACCUGAUCAAUCUCAGUGAUAAGCCUCAAUGGUUUUUGGAAAUAAGCCCUGAAGGGAAGGUGCCAGUGGUGAAAUUUGAUGACAAAUGGGUUCCAGACUCUGAUGUGAUUGUUGGGACUUUAGAGGAGAAGUACCCUGAGCCAUCUCUUGUCACCCCGCCUGAAUAUGCUUCUGUAGGUUCAAAGAUAUUCCCAUCUUUUGUCAAAUUCUUGAAGAGCAAGGAUGCCAAUGAUGGAUCUGAACAGGCUUUGCUCGGGGAAUUGGAGGCAUUGGAAGAGCAUCUUAAGGCACAUGGUCCAUUUAUUGCUGGGGAAAAGAUCACUGCUGUAGACUUGAGCUUGGCACCAAAGUUGUACCAUCUUGAGAUUGCUCUUGGCCAUUUUAAGAAGUGGAAGGUCCCUGAAAACUUGCCUCACGUCCACAAGUACAUGGAGUUGCUCUUCUCCAGGGAAUCAUUUCAGAAGACAAAGGCUGCAAAGGAACAUGUGAUUUUAGGGUGGGAGCCUAAGGUCAAUGCAUGAAGAAAUUGUAAGUUAUGAAUAAUGGUGAAACUCUUGGCAUGAAAUGCAGUUGAGACUCCAGAACUAUGUAUCAGUUCAGACAUUUAGAACAGACAUAUGUAUUCUGGUGGUCUGUUGCUUUCUGUAAUCAAAAUAAUCAACUAAAGUAGUUUUUGCUAUAA